CAUCAGCAUCUUUUAAACAAGCUGAUAUAGGUCAUGGCUAUCCCAGAAACCGCAAAACUAAAUUCUACCCUUAUUUAUAUCCUCCUUUGGAUGCUACAAGAUGGAGCAAUGAAUACAGACAUCCCUCUUUGCAGGCAAGGUCUCUUUCAAGGUCACUGCUCUUACUCCUGCUGGCCUUGCUGUCAGCGAGCAGUUCUGCCUAUGGGAAGGUUCUACAGCCUGGUCUCAAGCCAGAGAACCUCUUCAAGCAAGUGUAUGCUGGAUGCCUGACCCCAAAAGACUCAAAAUUCCCUCAAACUGUGAGAGUCAACAUCAGCAUUGGCAACACGAACCAGGACACCAGAGUGACUCUUGAUGUCAGCAGGCGUUCUCUGGCUCCAUGGGAUUACAGGAUCGACGAGGACCACAACCGUUUCCCCCAGGUGAUUGCUGAUGCCAAGUGCCGCCACUCCAGGUGUGUGGGUUUGGAUGGGCAGCUGGACCACAGCCUCAACUCCGUCCCCAUCAAACAGGAGAUCCUUGUCCUCCGGCGGGAGCAGAAGGGCUGCCACCAAUCAUACCGGUUGGAGAAGAAAAUCAUCACUGUGGGCUGCACAUGUGUCACCCCCUUGAUCCAACACCAAGCUUAAAGGGAGACAGUGGUGUAAGAGCA